UUCAACUACAAGAAGUCAUUCAGCAUUAUACUCAUGGCAUUUGUUAACUCAGAAUAUUGUUUUACAUUUGUUGAUGUUGGUGCUCAAGGAAGAAUGAACGAUGCGGGUGUGUAUGCUACCACGAGUGUUUAUCGCAAAAUAAUUCGUAAUGAACUUCUCCUUCCACCACCUGAGCCCUUAUUAGGACGACUGAAGAAGGUUCCAUAUGUUUUUAUAGGCGACGAUGCAUUUCCCAUGAGUAAUACUCUUCUAAAACCUUACGGAGGAAAUCAUCAAAAAGGUAGUUUAGAACGAAUUUUCAAUUAUCGUUUGUGUCGUGCACGUAGAGUUGUGGAAAACGUUUUUGGUAUUUAUGCAUCAGUUUUUCGAGUGUUCAGAUCACCUAUGUUACUACAACCAGAUAAAGCUGCUUUAAUAUGCAUGACAUGCUGUUUACUUCAUAAUUUUCUACGGAGAAGCGCAACAUCAAGAAAAAUCUAUGCCCCAACUGGUACUUUUGAUUAUGAAGAGGAUGGAGAAUUGAUUCACGGAACAUGGCGCAACGAUAUACAAGGGAUGACAUCUUUCAAUCCACUGGUAAAAAAACCUAGGAAACCCUCCGAGGAAGCAAAGGACAUUCGGCGAGAGUUUACAGAAUACUGUAUGACAAGUGGAGCAGUAGAAUGGCAGAAUUAA